GAACAGCGUUGGCUGUAUCGAAGCGUGUAUCAGUAAACAUUUUAAAAGACCAAUCAAACCAGAAACUAAUAAGUGGACGGUUUUUAACUAUCCUGAUUUUUUAAUGUAAAAUGGCGAAAUGGGGAGAGGGAGACCCUCGCUGGAUUGUAGAAGAACGGCCAGACGGUACAAAUGUAAAUAAUUGGCACUGGACUGAGAAGAAUGCGACAAAUUGGUCAAAGGACAAGUUGAAAGAACUGUUAAAUGGUUUAAUAGUUGAAGACGAAGAAUAUUUCUGUGAAAUAAAAUCCUUGACAACAUUAGAUGGGGAAGCUACAGCAAAUAACAGAAAAGGAAAAUUGAUAUUUUUUUAUGAAUGGACCAUUGCAGGCGAGUGGUCAGGGAAGCUAAAAGAUGGUGUCAAGAACCAUAAAGGAAAGUUUGAAAUUCCAAAUCUUAGUGAAGAAAAUGAAGCAGAUGAAGUGAAUUUUGAAGUUACAAUAGACAAAACUACAGAUGAAUCAUUUAAAGUGAAAGAAAUGAUGAGAAAGAAAGGCCAGGAAUUAGUUCGGACACAAGUUGCAAAAUACAUGAAAGAACUAAAAGAAGAGUAUGGAAAAGGAAUUGUUCUUCCCACUAAAGGGAGUUCUACAGUGACUGCCACUGAAAAGAAACAGGCUGAGAACAAAAUGCGACAAGAAAUGAACAAAAUGAUAAUAAACAAGUCCAAUGACAACGUUGGUGUAAGGAUCCACACAAAAAAACUCACAGAAAAGGAAGAAUUCAGAUGUCGUGCAGAGGAUUUAUACAGGGCACUGACAGAUAAGGAGAUGGUGCAAGCUUUUACCUGUGGUCCUGUGUCGAUGGAAGUGGAGAAGGGAGGACGAUUCUCACUUCUCAAUGGCAAUAUAACUGGAGAAUUUUUGGAAUUGGUUCAACCAACAAAAAUUGUUCAAAGGUGGAGGGUGAAAAGUUGGCCAGAGGAACAUUAUUCAGUAGUUACCUUCGACCUGGUGGAAAAAGAGGACUGUACAGUGUUAAAUAUAACACAAACAGGUGUCCCAGACACCGAAUUAGAAAAAACUCGUGAAGGGUGGAAAUUGAACUAUUGGAACAGAAUCAAACAAAUAUUUGGAUUUGGUUCAAAUAUAUUUUGUUGAUGAUAGAUUUUCUUAAAUGUGAUGAUGUUGUAAGUAAAUACCUAGGAAAUGAUUUUCCUGACAGGUUAUCCAGGAAUGUACUAAGUGACCCUGACAAGCUAUUUGAUCUCUUAACGACUUAACAAAAGUUUGGUGUCCGCAGCUCUGAGGGAUUACUCAGAAUUGGAAAAGAUGUAUCUGGCUGCAUGUCGUUCCAAUAGCCAACAUCUUCAGAAGGUAUCAAUGAAUGAAGUAAGGAAUAUUGGAGCAGUAAACCUUGUCAUCUGCUCACCCCAAUUUUUCAAUAUAAAACCUUAUGACAUGAAAUGCAUUUUAUACAGGUUCAUGAAGCAACCAGGACACAACUAUGGGUACACAAGCGCAUUGAAUCCAUACAGCAUUGCUUUCCUUAAAAUUAACCUAUUGCAUUUGUUUUCAUAUCGGACUGAAAUAUUUUAAGAUUUUGUCUUUUAAGGACAAAACUAGUGGGAAAACCUGGAUGUAAUGAAUGUGAAUUUUGAAUGUCUAGUAUUUUAUGAAUACUAGAAUAGAUACCUUCAUGUAAUUUAUACAAACUUUUGAAUGUCUAGUAUUUUAUGAAUACUAAAAUAGAUACCUUCAUGUAAUUUAUACAAACUUUUGAAUGUCUAGUAUUUUAUAAUUUUUUUCUCAUGUGGCUGCUGUCUUUUCCCUUGCUACAUCACGUUUGUUUACAUGUGAUGAACUGGGAUACAAACAAUUAUUACCUUAACACUUCUCAUGAAUAUCAUUGAUUGAACACCAAGGAUAAUUUUCCAUAAGAUAUUCAAGUCAUUGGUUGACUGGCUUCACUUUACUUUUGAUUUUGAUGGAACUUUUUACCAGUUUUCAUUACACAAAUACCCUGAUACCCUGGUAUGGGGUCGUACAUGUGGAGGUCAAGAUUGCUGUUACUAUAAAUAAAUGUUUAUGCCGUCA